CCCUCCCUCCCUCCCUCCCUUAGGCGCAGCUGUAUCAGUUCCUCCCUAUUCGCAGUCUUGAGUCCGUACACUCUCUCUUCUUCCUCCGUUCUACUCAAAACAGUCUCGUCUCCCACCUCCCGUCCCCGUAGACGACUUCGGCCUUCCGAUGUGAUUGUGGCCCCUGCAGUCUCUCUCUCUUUCCUCCCUUUUUCUUUCUUCUCCACCCAUGCUUCUACACCUUUGGCCUCUGAUCCGAGCCUCCUUGCCCUCCCCUUAACUCGGCAAUCAAGGUCUUGGAUUCGGUGACGAGCUCCUAGCCGCUGCUACGAGCUCGAAUCUCUUGGAUCCAAAGAUCGAACGAGAGAGGAAAAGAGAUAGAUUGCAAAGUCGAAAGGGGGGAGAGAUUGCAAAAUUGGAAGAGCCGAAGUUUUGACGACGUUGAUAAUGAGGAGUGGUUGCUUCCGACAACCAACAUCGUCGAAAACCCAAGCGUCGGCGGGGGAGAGUCGUCGGAAGCCCAAGCACCGAUGAUGGAAGAGAGACGGAGGUGGAGGCGCGCGGAGGAAAGCAGUGAGAUAUAGGAGAGAGAAUGGAUCGGGGUUGAUUUUUGAAGGAAUUAAAAAGUUUGGGCGCUACUUAAAUACUUUGUGGGACUAGUCCAUCUAACAAUUUCUAUUGCAGUGAAUUCACCACCCACUUCUUCUCUCUUCCCUCCUUCCAGACUCCAAUCUCCCCAUCAAUCUCUCUCUCUCUGCGUCGGCAGCGGCAGCGGCAGCGUCAGACAGGUAAUAUGGGCAGAAGGCGGCUCCGCCUCAACUGCUCCGACGACGAGGCUGAUGAUGGUCAACAACCUAACUCUAGACCUCCUCCUCAACUCCACCAGCAAACGCUUCCCCAGACCGCUGCUGUUGUCCAUCCUCAUUCUCACUCUUCUCCUGCAAUCGACAUCUCCGAUGAAGAAGCCGGGGACUUCAUCGACGUCUCUGAAGAUCUCUCCCCGCCGUCUCCUCCUGUUUCUUCAUCCAUCCCCGGACCCAUGCCACCAACACCGGUCGUGUCUCUGAGCUCUGGCUCUGCGGCUGCAUUUGACUGUCCUGUAAGCGAGUAUCUCGGUAGGAUGGGCCUGACGUUAAGGAGAGAGUGGCUAUAUGAUUGUCUGAACCGACUUGAGGAAUCUGUCCGUGGCUUCCCUGGCCUUGAUGUCACCACCAAAGCGAAGCUGUGUCUCGAGCAAUUCUUGCUUUCCGACAUGAAUUACUCUGGUGGUGGCGUGCUACCUGCGAAUGUGGAAGCCCUCCACCUUGUCCAUCUUCCAGGCCCAUUUGUUUUGCAGGUUGAUGAGAUUGUUAAUAUCAGUUGUCCUCUUAGGGGCAGGUACCAGAAUGCAUCUGCUGGGCUCAAGAGAUGCCUCAAGUUGUCCAUGACGGAUGGUGUCCAACGUGUUUUUGGAAUGGAGUACAGGCCUAUUAAGGACCUGGAAACUCUGGCUUCAGCAGGAUUAAAGGUUCUUCUCUGCAAUGUACAUGUACACCAUGGGCUCCUAAUGUUGGUUCCUGAAGCUGUUGAAGUCCUGGGAGGUGUGGUCAGUGAAUUGGAAGCAGCAAGAGAGCGGCUUGUCAAUGAAGUGAAUAAGCCUCCUAGAGGAAGAAGAACGCGCUCAGGAGUGCUUCCUGCUUUAGCAACCAGGGCAACCCGUGCUGCCUGGACACCUAAUAGCGUGGUGAGUGGUGAUCAUUCCAAGGAAGUUGCAACUAAUUCUCAUGCCGGAGGAACAGCUAUCACUUUGCUACCUACUUCAGUGCCUAACAAUAAGAGGAGCUCAGUAGAAUCCACCAGUAAUUUGAGUGCACUAAAUGCAGUGUCCGGCCCAUCGUCCAAUUUUAUAUCAGAUUUUGAAGAAAUGCAUGUGGAUGCUGAUUUCACAAGCACAAGGAAUCCUGUGUUGAAUCCUCCUACAAAUAUGGAGGAAAUGCAUAUGGAUUCUUUUCCAGCCAGAAGUGUGAAUGCUGUGGCCAACUCAUUGCUUAAUAAUGUUUCAGCUGUUGGUGGGAUGAACCCAGGAUCUGAGAUCAUAAACAGGGAAACUAUGGUUCCUGAUCUGUCAUUGGAGGGUUUCUCAGGUCAAGAAGUUAUUCAAAUAAUUGAUGAGGUUGAACAUCCGAAAAUACUACGCGGGAAUCGGGAAAUCCCUUUCACUUAUUUAGCAAGUUUAUCAGCCAAAUGGGCUGCAAUGAGAGAGAAAGCAUCUUCAAUCGAGGGAAAAGUAAAGUGCUUUCUGACUGGUGUGAAGGGCUUCCAGUAUAAGCAAAGAAUGUCAUAUGAGCUCCGGGUGUAUGUGGAUGAUGGCAGUCUCAUAUCGGAAAUUCUUAUUGAUCCUGAUGUUGUUCAAAACGGGAUCGGGCGUACCCCUGAGGAGGUCACUGCUGCUCUGUCUUCUCUGGACAAGAAUGUAGUCAGCGGCAUGAAGGAGACGCUAAAGCAAUUCCAAUCUUUCUUGGCAAAUUUUGAGGGAAUUAUGCUCAUCGAAUUGAAUGAAACAUCUCCUGUUCCAAUAGCUCGACAAAUGACUGAGGGAUGCAACUCAUCCAAUGCAUGGUUGCUUCUGGAAAGACUGAGUUCCCAAUCAGAAGCACCUCGUUCCUCCUCCUUGCGUCCCAUUGAGUUAUCCCCUUGAUGGGGUGUAAGUCAGUCUGUUGCUCUGUGGACCUUGGGAUGGAAAGAGACAAUGAUCUGAAGAUGUGAUGGGGAGGAAUUAAAGGGGAACGAGAGAGGAGAGCAUGAGAACGGCCAUGACAUGAGAUCUCUUACUUGAGGGUCCCAAAAGUUAUUGUAGCCAGUCAGUAUAUUCCAAUUUCCUUCCUUUGGUGGCAGUAUUCAGCAGACUGCUAUACUCCAUUUUGUACUUAAUUUGGUGCAUAGCAUUUUGGUUUGCGCAUCAUCAUUGGAUUACAGGAAAUUAUUAUAUUAAAUUAUUGGAAAAGUAAGUUCGAAAA